UUACGAGAGUCCACGGGGGUAAGCGGUGUCUGUGCAUGAGAAAGACGGGACCCCUCUGUUAAAACGACCGGGACAUCGAGAAGAGGAAUCAGCGGCGGAACUUGGAUAUGGCGGGCGUGAAGACGGUCGACCUGCUCGUUGGAGUUGUUUUAGUUUUGCAGUGUGUGGGGAAUGUCCGAGCCGAGAUCCCAGCCAGUAACGCGGUCUCUUACUCAUAUGUGGAGGGGCAGGCAGGAGAUGAGGACGCAGCGGUGGACGUGAAGCUCUACAGUCACCGGUGGAGGAGAUGGCUUCCCCCAAAACCUCGUAACAUGGACAGUAACAGGGCCAGUCAGGAGCAGGACCAGGAGCCCGAGCAGGAAGAGCCUGAUGGGUUCCCAGGGCUGCUCUCAGCAGAGGAAACAGACAACAGCUCCCAGAUAGAGGAGGAUACAGAUCACAACUACUACACAUCAAAAACAUACGGGCCGUCAGAUCCAAUGAGCAAGGACUUGUGGGUAAAUAUUGACCAGAUGGACAAGGAAAAAGUGAAGAUCCAUGGCAUCCUCUCCAACACGCACAGACAAGCGGCGAGAGUUAAUCUGUCCUUCGAUUUCCCUUUUUAUGGACAUUUCCUGCGUGAAAUCACCGUGGCAACUGGUGGGUUCAUCUAUACCGGUGACGUGGUCCAUCGGAUGCUAACAGCUACACAGUACAUCGCUCCCCUAAUGGCCAACUUUGACCCAAGCGUCUCCAGAAACUCUACUGUUAUCUACUUUGACAACGGUACUGCUCUGGUGGUGCAGUGGGACCACGUCCACCUACAGGAUAAUUACAACCUAGGGAGUUUCACCUUCCAGGCCACGCUGCACAACACUGGCAGGAUCGUCUUUGCAUACAAAGAGAUCCCUGUUGAGGUGUCACAGAUCAGCUCUGUCAAUCACCCUGUGAAGGUGGGCCUGUCUGAUGCCUUUGUGGUGGUCCACAAGAUCCAACAGAUACCCAACGUGAGGCGGAGGACAAUCUACGAAUACCACCGCGUGGAGCUGACGAAGACAAAGAUCACCAAUUCUACAGCCGUGGAAAUGAUGCCUUUACCCACCUGUCUCCAGUUCACCAGCUGCAGCACCUGCAUCUCCUCACAGAUCAACUUCAACUGUAGCUGGUGUCAUCGCCUCAGCAGAUGUUCCAGUGGCUUUGACCGCCAUCGGCAGGAUUGGGUGGAUAACAGCUGCCCAGAUGAAACCAAGGACAAGAUGUGUGACAUCAUUGACACUACGUACCUCUACCCCUUCACCACCACCGUUGUCGCCAAAACAACAUCCAGGAGCAAAGAGGCCACUGCGGGCAGGGACAUGCCCUCCACCUCCCACCCUCCCACCAGUGUCCCCACUGAAGAUGACACAAAGAUCGCUCUGCAUCUCAGAGACAACCAGGCAAGUCAAACAGACAGCACUGUGGGCAGGAUGCCAGGCACACACCCUCUACACACUGGUCUGAUCCUCGGUAUCCUGCUGGUGAUGCUCAUCAUGGUUGCCGGCGUGCUGGUCACCGUCUACAUCUACCACCACCCCACCUCUGCCGCCAGCCUCUUCCUCAUCGAGAGACGCCCGAGCAGGUGGCCAGCCAUGAAGUUCCGCCGGGGGUCAGGUCACCCAGCUUACGCGGAGGUGGAGCCGGUGGGCCAGGAGAAGGAGGGCUUCAUCGAGUCCGAGCAGUGCUGA